AUGGUGGCUGAUUUAGGUGAGAAGCAGUUGGAGGCGCUUAUUUCUAUGCUUCAGAGAUACGAAAGGAUUUCUAUAGACCCGAAGGAUCAAGAGAAAACAACAUUCACCUGCCCAUAUGGUACUUUUGCAUUCAAGCAAAUGCUAUUUGAACUGUGUAAUGCACUUGCUACCUUUGAACGGUGCAUGAUGUCUAUUUUAUCAGAUAUGAUUGAAGAUACCUUGAAGGAGAAAUGCCACUUCAUAGUGAAGGAGGGCAUUGUUCUGGGACACAAAAUUUUUACAAAAGGAAUUAACAUUGAUCGAGCUAAAGCCGAGGUUAUUGAAAAGCUUCCACCUUCCAUUUCAGUAAAGGAGGUUAAGUUCAACUUUGAUGAUGAUUUCUUGAAGGCAUUUGAAUGCCUCAGAGGGAAGCUAGUUGACGCACCUAUUAUUGCUGCACCGGAUUGGUCAAAGCCACUUGAGAUUAUGUAUAAUGCAAGUGGUGUUGCACUUGGAGUUUCUGAAGAAGAGAGUAACAGUAACACAAGCAGUAGUGGAUCAAGCCCAGACGAGGCUAAGGUAGUCACAUCUCUCCCUAAUCCAGUUGGAACCAAAACUAAGGCUACCAAUAUAGAGUCACAAACUAAAGAAGCCGAUGUGGAGACUGAGACUGAGGAUGGCAACUUGAUCAGGAUGUCAGAUGGCAACUAA